ACAUUUCCGGACCUGAAUAACCGCUGUGUUUCGAUAGGAACAGUACUGUAGCUUGUGAAAGGGACGCUGUGACGUGUGUAGCAUGUUCUGUGAUAGUACCGUCUUCGGGAGGGGAUGAGCAGAUGUUCCGACAACUGGCCAAGGGGAAACGGGGAAGGACUAACGUUCGUCUUGAUUGACCUUCCUGACAUUACUUCUCGUGUCCCACUUUACAACCACUACCUCUCAUUUCCCUUUUUACAUCCACUUACUUCUCAUGAGUUUCGCGAGGAGAGGUGUUGUGCGGUGCUACGUUCGGGGUUGAAAAUGAGUCUUAAGCAGAAGAUGUUGAAACAUCUUUCCCGUUUGAAUAAUCCGAAAAACACCACAGAAGAAAUAUUCGAGUCCGGUGUGGUAGAGGAGCAUGGCGACCUGGACAGCCCCGUGUGCUCGAGGACAGAGUACGACGAGGUGCGAGACAAGCUCCGCGCCGUGCAGGAGGAGAACUGCAAGCUGCAGGCCAUCAUUACCGAGGUGACGGCUGUGAACAAGCGGUGGCAGAAGUACAACAACGACCGGCAGCUCUACGUGCAGAGCCUGCUGUCCUCCAUCCAAGAGCUGCAGGAGCACGUCAACAAGAUAGUUGGACAGCAAGUGGUCACGCCGAAGGAGGACCGCCCCGACGACGGCGGCCGGGAAGGGCGGCACCGCGAGCACCUGCAGGUGCUGGAGCUGCAGCUGAAGAGCUACCGCGACGACUGGGAGGCGGAGCGCGCCGAGAAGCAGCAGGCGCUGGGCGACAAGCUGCGGGCGGAGCGGCGCGCCGGCGAGCUGGAGCUGGAGCUGCGCAGCCUCAGGCGCAAGCUGGAAGGGCAGAGUGGGCAGGGAGCAGCGAAACACUGCGACUGCUGCAGGCUGUCACGGCCCACCGAGUCCUCGUCCUUGCUGGCAGGUGGUCUUGCGAGCAUAACCUACAGGACUUCUGCACAGCUUCCUACUGCCUUGGAAAACUUCCAGUCCUACAACGAUGACUUGGAAAUAGAUGGGAACAAGCAGAGAAAGAAGGCAAGCAUUUGUAGCUCUAGCUCCGUGGUAGCAUCGACGCUCUGUUCUGGGCCUUGCAACAACUUUGACGGACACACCAGCAAGCGAUGCACAAGGAGCUGCGAAGAUUCUGAGGCUAAACUGUCACACGUCAGCUCGCCAACAGACGGUGUGUCGCAGUUAAACAUCCCUGCAGCACCAAAGAGAGACAAUGUUACGACGCUGAACAUAGUUCGUGAGGUGCCUCAUGGUGAUAGGAGCAGGAGUGGUGUCACCAUCGGCUUCACCAGCGACGGCCGAGCUGCGAUCACUACUUUCGCAAACUUCCCGGUUGCAAAGUCCUCGUCACUGCCCGUCGAACGAGCGUCCGAGGGAGCGGCCUCCUCCAUUUCGACAAGCGCCAGCGAAGACAUCGGUCGUCUGAAGUCGUGGCUGCCGAGUCUGGACAUCGCAACUCCGCCUAGGUCUGCCGACGUCCCCACGAGAGACGCGUGCGCGCUGGAACCCUCGGGAAGACGUCGUAAAGCCAACUACUAUGAGGACGGUGUGGCCACGCAGACGGAAGAGAACAUUAUAUGCCCCGGCUGUGGCCAUGUGUUUCCACCCAAGCAUCAGUUGGAUUUUCUGGACCAUUUUGAAAUGUGCCAAAGCAAGUGAGGUUUUCUCGCAGCAGUCGAUAUUGUUUUGAAGGAAUAUUACGAAAAUGUUUGCAAAAAAAAAUUUAAUUUAUUUAAAUGUCAGUUGAGCUGUAUAAAUUAUGUAUGUGGUUGAUGUUCAUUAUUCCAUAAAUUCACUACUUGUUGAAUGUACUGCAUAUAUUCAUUUUACCAUGUUAUACAUGAUUUUGCCUACGUUCCCUGAGAAUAUGCAGGACAAGGUUUUUCAACACAUUCACUCAUUUUUAUCAUUUAACUCAUUCAAGUUUUGUUUUAGCAAGAUAUGUUUAAUACAAGGCAGGGCUGGUACUGUAUAGUGAUAGUGCUGACUUGGCUAUCCUUUGUGGCAUAUUUUUAUGUGCCUACACCUAAACUUGUUCACUUCGUCAAUCAGCAACAGCGUCAAAAUAUGAAAGAUGUAAUUGAUAUUCAAUGCUGUUUCCGAAUACUGCCUAAAGAUCCUUGAAGGUAGUCUUUGAUUUUUGUUGGCCUUCUGAAAACAAGGAUCCUUACAGAAUCUCUGAUACUGCCUUUUGUGAAACGUGAGUUUGUGUUUGUGGUGCUACGUCUCAGAAAUUUUUGAUGGUUUUAUUUGCCAGCCAACUGAUGUCUACUCUAGUUUCUUUACAGCCAAAUGAUUAACUUGAACGUGUAAAAAUUGAUUGCCUGAAUAUAAUGUGUGGAAAAUUUGCAGAAAAA